AUGACGAAUCCAUACGAAUGGUUUGACAAAAGGGCUAAGGACUGGAAUCAGACCCCAGGUAAGAUCGAACUUUGCACAAGGUUUGUUGCUGAAGUUAGAAAGCAGGCCAAUAUUACACCUGAAUCAAGAAUACUUGAUUUUGGCUGUGGAACAGGCUUAAAUGGAAUUUACUUAAUCAACGAUGCUAAGACGAUCGGAUUCCUUGAUCCUUCUUCUGGAAUGAUCGAGCAAGUUAAGAAAGAACUCGCUGAAAUUAACAAAACCAAUGUCGAAAUCUACAAUCAAGAAAUUUCACAAACAACAAUGGAACCAUUUGACUUUGUUGUUUCAUCAAUGGCAUUCCACCACGCUGAAGAUUUAAAGGGAACAAUUUCUGCCAUCGCUGAAAAGAUGAAAGUGGGCGGAAAAUGCUUCAUAUGCGACCUUCAUAAAGAAGAUGGAAGCUUCCAUGCCGGAUUUUGCACAGUUCCUCAUAAUGGCUUUGACAUCGAAGAACUCAAGCAAACAUUCUUACAGAAUGGUUUCUCCAAAGCUGAACAUAUCGAUUUUGGAACUUACUUACAGAAGGAAAGAGAAUAUCCUUUAUUUGUCUUAACAGCUACAAAAUAA